AUGCCUCUCUGGAGGGCAUGCAAGCUCCAGACAUACUUCACGGCUAAGGGCCUUAUCGACUAUUUUCUGGUCGAAGAAGGCCCAUCUCUGCCACUAACGGGAGGAGCGCUGGCAGGGUCGGGCCUGUCCAUCAUGGCGUCCACGUCACAGGAGGAGGGAAAGCUGUUUGAAGACCUAAAGGCUGACAUUAUCCAGGCCUCGCGCGACCUAGAUAAGGAGGCCGAGAUUGUGCAAGACGUCGAGGCGUCACGGGCUGAUCGGGUACCCUGGCUUGUCCAUACCGGGUUCCCUACGCACCUGCAGGGUCUCCGCGAUACCGAGAUCAUGUCGUCGUAUGCAUUACCACGAAGCGGGGACGAUGAUGACGACGACGGCGGCGGCGGCGGCGAUGGUGAUGAUGAUGACGAUGACGAUGACGAUGAUGGAGAAGAAGAAGGCGGCGCAGUUGACACGGAUAUAGAUCUCAGGCGUAUUCUUGCCGCAGCCGAGAGUACACUCAGAGAUGCAUAUAAGCUAUGCAGCGACAAAUCACCCGAUCGUAAGAUGACGCAGCAGCGUGCGAAGAGACUAAGCAAUUUCCGCAGCGACGAUAGCCAUAUGAGCAGUGCAAAAGCCAGAAAAUUCCGCAGCUUUAAGAACGAGUCAUCCCUUACCUCCUAUUUCCGGAUCACAAAGCAGCUGUUGGCAUACUAUUACCGGGUGGUAUAUCGUGUGGAUGGUCAUUUCACAAGAGAGGGUGAAAGCCAUGCAGUGCCGCAGGACAUAAUCGAAACAACCCCUCUGCAACGACAAGCCAUGGAGGAUGUCAUCGGUGCGUUGCGGAGGCGAGAAAAGGCGGCAAAGGGGAGGGGGGCGCCAAGUUGCGAUAAGAAGGAAGGUAUAGCUACCAGGGACUAUGAUGAGUGUGACGCCGAGCUGAAGCACACCAUCCGCAAAUUUUACAUCUCGCUCAUCUGCCAGACUGUCGGAAGCAGGCCAUUCCGGUCUGCCAUCUUGAGCUUCUGUGCUAUGCUCAGCCGGACGAAGGCUCUGACGCGCCGGGUGGAUAACGAGCAGCACAAGCGGUGCACAUGGCGCGAACCAGGGAACUUCAACAGCAAUCUAUCGGCACUCACCUGGACUGCCCAGCUCAUCCUGUUUGACUUCGUGUGCUUCCAGAAGCAGGACGACGAAGACGGAAUCCCCGAUCUGCUGGAUCAAAUGUGCAAGAAGUACUUUCAGCAGAUGGCGGAGACACCUUUCGGGCAUGUACUGCAAUGGAGGCUAUAUCUCUUUGCGGCCUCCCGCACCAGUCUUACCAAGCACCAAGCCCGCUGGUCCCUUGAUGGGGAAACGGUCGACUAUAUGGGGACGAAGCUACACAUGGAACAAGUGACACAGCUGGUCGAGUCUGAGUUCCGCCAGGCGCACUCGCUUCUGUAUGAUAAGCUCUUGUUUGGAAUGAGGGAUGUUGCUCCGAUCGAGGCGUGGAGGCUGCACGACGAUCUAGAUGUAGACGACUACGGCGCUUCGUGGUUGACAGACGGGAGGAAUCGAGAGAUACUGGCGGGGACGCAUGACGCCCUGCUCCGACAGAUCGAAGAGAGGGCGGAUCUACGGCAGGUAUUCGUGCGGCUGGAUCCAGACGGUGGGGUUCGCCUCUGCCCCAAGGCGAUAGCUAUCUAUGAGGCGCAUGUUCAGGAGUUCCUCAAGAGGAUGCUGGCACCCAUCUCGGUUCCUUCGGGCCCUCCAUUACGCUCCCCAGAACUACUCUCCAUCACGUACAUCAACACGGGUGCCCGCCGCCGAUCGGUAUUUCUGUGGGAGAAGAUGGUCAUGAUAUAUGUGCGAUACAGUAAAAGCCAGGAACAGACCGGGGAGGAGAAGGAUAACAUCAGGUUCCUACCCCCGGCCGUUGGAAACCUCCUCUUGGCAUAUCUCGCCUAUGCCGGCAGCACGACCUUGACCGCGACAAGCUCACUUCACCGUGCCUACCGAGCGUCUCAAAGCUGGCGGUCUCUGUUUCGGAUCGAUCAAGUACUCCAGGGUAAGCGGCCCCCUGCCGUAUCGGAUACACAAGCGCAAGGGCUACUCGGUGCUUGCAAGAAGGUACGGUUUCGUGCAAGGCCGGCUGCCAAAGAAUAUGGAAUCAUCGCGGCCGCCCGUAGGCUGCAUAACGACCCAGAGCUACAGUUGCGUCGCCCUGGUCAGCGGGAUGCCAUGCUGGCGACCAUGGGUCCACGUGCACCUGAGCAGGUCAUCGUCGUUCUUGCAACGGGUUCGGGGAAGACAUUGGUAUUCAUGGUCGGAGCCACACUGGCGGGAGCUGAAACAACCAUUCUGAUCCUUCCCACUGUAGCCUUACGUGGCUCGAAGAAAUCAGCCCCCAUCGUUGUUGUAUCGGCCGAGGCAGCUUGUACAGAGGCGUUCCUAGAUAUGUCGCAGCUAGCAUGGCACGUACGGCAGAUUCGUACACAGACUGUCUGGCUGACAGCGACACUACCACCAAUCUAUCAAGAGCUUUUCUUCGAGCACAAUAAGCUCGUGCGGCCGCAUAUCGUCAGAGAGUCAACAAAUCGUCCUAACAUCCGAUACAUCGUCCAGCAAGAACGUGGGCUAGGCAAUCUAUGUGAGCAGGCAGCUUGUCUUGCACAGUCUUGCUGGACCCGGACAGACCUGUUCAAGAGCGAGCGGGACCGGGUCAUUAUAUACUGUCCGACGAAGGAUCUCGUGGCAGAGCUUGCUGACAUGCUCGGCUGUCCGUCCUACACAGCCGAGUCCGGCACAGAAGAAGAGAAGAUGGCGAUCAUAGAGCGAUGGCUAACGGCAGCCGAUUCGCCCAUCAUCGUGGCGACGUCAGCGCUGGGUCCUGGGUUUGACUACCCUCAUAUUCGAUUGGUCAUUCACGUCGAUGCCCCGAGCCUUCUGACGGAUUUCUCUCAGGAGUCAGGUAGAGCGGGUCGGGAUGGCGAAGUAGCCGAGUCGAUCGUUUUACUUAGUGCAGCCUGGCAGCCGCAGUUAGGUCGACCUGUAUCAGCAGAUAAAGAGGCCAUGCAACUGUAUCUUUUGCAGGAAUACUGCUCGCGCGGGGUCUUGAGCCAAUUCCUUGAUAGCAAACCUGACUGGCGGUGGUGCAUGGAGGGCGAUGAGCUCUGUAGCGUUUGUCCCGAGCAUCAUGUGCAAUGCCGACCGCCUACCCUAGAGUUCCAUCUACCACGGCCCCUACGUGAUGAGACUGAAGCCGGACAGGACGGGGACAACGGCAGCGGUGACGUUGCCGUUAGUGAGAUGAUCUUUACUGGACCUGCCGAGGUGCUCCAUCAGGACCAAGUACGUGAUGAAGAAUUGAGUCGGUAUGAAAGAGAUCUUGAGACAAUGAAAGGCUGCCGUCUCUAUUGCCGCGUAGAAGGAAAAUCGUUUGAGCAUACCGUAACAGCUUGUGCUCGACGUUUUGAUUGGAUUCGAGCUAAGCAAAAAGCACUUCGAGACUGUCAGAGCAAGAAGAAGGAAUGGAUGGACCGGCACGCUGUGUGCUGGAAGUGUUACCAGCCGCAAGAGAUCUGCCGAGCUGCGGAUCCAGAGUACGAAGGGGACAACUCAUGCCAAUACCCAGAUAUGGUAAUGCCUCUAUGCUUUGGCGCAUUUAGUCAACCAGGCCGUACUAAAUGGUUCUUGAAGCAUUUUAACGAGUCAUUUAAGACAUGCCAGGAAUACAUGUUGUGGCUUGGUAAAGGUGCCUCUCUAGGCGGUAGUCGAUGUGUGAACGCCAACUGUGUAGCUGCUCUUUUACUGGGAGAGUUUGAGUAG